CGCCUCCUCUGCCCAUCUGCUCUUCCCGGCUCGUCGACGCUCCUCUCUCUAGGCCGGCCUCCUCCCAUGACCAUCCUCUCCCCUCAUUCCCGAGCGUCUUCUUUCGAAGCAGCAGUGCCGCUUUGCACUUCUACCGCGGCUGCCCCCUCUGCUCCCUCAUCGCCCUCGAAGACCACGGUCGCUGGCCUUGCUCUUCAUUUCCUCCCCCUCCACAUACCACGCCUUCUUCCUUUGUCCGGCGCGGGACACGCACGGGGAGACACGGGUCGCCGCCGUUCCCCAGCUCGACCAAGCUCGCCGGAGGCCAGCGCUAGACCAGGGCCUCACACCGUACUCUGGGAGAUCAGGCCCGGCACCAGGGAUCUACUGGAGACACCGCCCAGUGCUCGGCCCGUACGUCCAUGGCUCUCUCUUUCCGGUCCAACCGUUGCGCUCGUCGGUCGGUGCAACAGCAAGUCGAUCGCAAUGCCUUGCGUGCCAGCUCCAGUCUCCUUGCCGCCCCUCUACUCUAUCCUUUCCAAUCCGGCUCCAUAUCCAACCCCGCGAUAAUCCUUAAUCUACUCCCGAUUCGUCGGAGUUCAGUUACUCCGUUACUUUUGUACCCACCAUCGUCAAUCUGCGUGGGGUUUAACAGCGCCGAUUCCUCCCAAGGUCCGCCUUUUCUCUUUCUUUCAGUUUCAAGAACUCGCAGUAGUAAAAGGGGAAAAUCCCCCAAGCCUUCUCCGAUUCCAUCAAGCGCACUCGCCGUCGCCAACAUCUCUUUCUGAUUGAUUCUCUCACCGGCCGCGCGCGGAGAGCCUAAUUUUGCGGUUGUUUCGCAGAUACGGCGGCGGAAUCGGAUUAUUCUCUGCCCCAGGAUAAUUAAUAAAUUGCCACCGACCGACGAUCGGCUUCUUUCUUCCUUCUAAAUCACUGGUGCGGCGGCCGGCGAGUCCGAGGAACUAGAAGGGCAGGCACGACACUCCGUUUGGUCUGCGGGGGAGAAGACGAGGUUAGAUGGGGGCCAUCCUGUGCUGCUUGCGCGGCCCCGGCGACGAGGCGGCCGGUUGUUGCUCGUGCCUGCCAUGGCCUUUCUUGAACAACAAUCAUCAGGACUCGGGUGCCGCUGCUCGUCAAAGAGCGAAUACACGGGUUGCACCUGUUCAGGGAAGGGCUCCUCUUGCGGGUUCCACUGGUUCAGGGGAGGAGGAUUCAAUGAGUACUUUCCGCUGCCCUCCAAGGCCUUUACCUUAUGACGAUCCUCAGUUCAUCAAUCAGAUGGAGAAGCGCCUGCUAGUGGCAGGGCAUGGCAAAGCUUCAACGCAGUUCCAGAAAUCCAUUCAACUUAAAGAAAGCAACAAUUCUGAUAUCAGCUCAGCUCGCGCAGCUCAGAAGGCUCACGGGUCAUCCCUUAAAGCUCAAUCACAAGGUCAAAAGAUUGUCGGAACACUAGUCGAUGUUCCUUCUGACUGUCAGGAUGACUGUCCAAUAUGCCUAGAAGAGUAUGAUUAUGAGAAUCCAAAAAUAGAGUUGCAAUGCAACCAUAAUUUCCAUCUUGGUUGCAUUUACGAGUGGAUGGAAAGAAGUCAAUCUUGCCCUCUAUGCGCCAAGGUAAUGCUAUUCAACGAGGAGCAAUAGCCAUGCUGCCGCAAGUCUUUGCGCGUGCUGAAGACCUGAAUCGUGUAGGUUGUGUACAGAGCAUUGAUGAAAUCAAGUUGCUAGAUUGUUUGCUGAAACCUCCAGCGGCGCAAAAUUCUGGCUUUUCUUUCUAUAGCAGUUUUUUUCAUUUCUCCACAAAGUUGAUGUUUUGUGCCAAUGGGAACCUGAAAUUUCAAACUGAUGUUAGUCUGAUGAAUGUUGGCAUACUGAAGCGCGAAACUCUGGAAACUUCACCAGUUAUUGCUACUUCUUUGCCAACGGUUUACAACAGGAACUGUGCUGUUUUUAUUCAAUGAUGAUGACUACUACAUGAUU